CCGUUUCAUCCAUUUUUCAAAAUCUCACUCAAAUAUCAAAGAUCAUGAUAAAACCCCAAUUCAUAACGAUUUGAUCGUGGCACGAAUAAAUGCGUAGGUUUAAUUGUUCGAAAAAAUUAUCUAAAAGAUAGAUUUGUAAAUAGUAAUAUUUCUUAUGCUCUAUAUGUAAUUAUCCCCCAAAAAUAAAAAAAAGGCAAGGUUAAAUAAAACCUCCAAAAGUACUAUAAACCCAAAUCCCUCCCCCAUCUUCAUUGACUCCAAACCCUCAGCAAAACCCUUCCUUUCCUCCUUCCUCUCCUCAAUGGCGAUCCACCAACAGCUCCUCCGCUUCAAACUCCACUUCGCCGUCCUCGCCGCCGUCGCCGCCGUCGCCGCCGUGAUCAUCUCCUACUUCGCAUACCUGGGCCCCACCUUAUCCUCCCUCUUGAGCUUUUUCUGGCCUCUCCUUCUCUCCACCACCUUCCUCCUUGCCGCCGUCGCCGUCAUUCUCCGGAUCUCGCCGCCGCCGCCUACCGAAUCCGCCGCCAGCGCGGCUGGCGAGGAUAUCAUCGAAUACGUCGCCGGAACACGUUACGAGCAGCUCGGAGUGGAAGCCGCUCCGGACGAGAUCUGAGAGGUUUCCGUACUGCGCGUGGGGUAUUUGAGGGGCGAUGAUAUGUAAAUUUGAAAUAAGUGAAGGGCAAUUUGAGAAUUACGCUUGUGUUUCUAGGUUCUUCCAGUGCUUUUCUGGGUUCGGUUGAACCGGGUUUAUCUGCAUUGGCCGUUGUACUGGUUCGGUUUAAAUAAUUGGACCGGCGAUUGAAUCGGCCGAGUUAAAUCUUGUUUAUUCUUUUCUUGUGGGAAGAACUCUAUUGGAUUAAUCAUAACUGAUUUAAAUACUAUUCAUAAUUAUUUAUAUUCAUGUAUUUAC